ACUGCCAUGGAUGUUCUUUCCUUUCCCUUACCUCCUCUCAUAGCAAUAAGUUUAGCGGUUGUAAUUUUAACUGUGCUUGUGAUAAGAUCCCGUGCUAGAAGGUUGGGUGCUGAGAAGAAAAAGAGAUACCAUCCUGUCGUCACAAAUUUCUUAAACACCCUCGUCAACUUCCCUAGGCUGCACCAUUACAUGACCGAGUUUGAACACAAACACAAAACUUACAGGGCGUACAAUGUGCUCAUAGAUUACGUUGUCACCACGGAUCCUGCAAAUGUUGAAUACAUCCUCAAAACAAACUUUGCAAACUACGGCAAGGGUUGGUACCACUACGGCAUUUUGUCAGAUCUUUUAGGAGACGGGAUCUUUGCUGUGGAUGGAGAAAAAUGGCUGCAUCAAAAAAAGGUAUCGAGCAAUGAAUUAACAACCAAAAUUGUGAAAGACUUCAGCAGUACAGUCUUCAAAACCAAUGCAGUAAAACUUGCACGGAUAAUUUCUGAAGCUGCAACCUGCAACAAAGCAAUUGAGAUCCAAGAAUUGUUUAUGAAAGCAACCUUAGACUCAAUCGUCAAGAUUCUUCUUGGAAUUGAACUAGACACCAUGGACGGAACAAAUGAAGAAGGUACUCGGUUUGCCCAUGCUUUUGAUGUAGCAAACGAAAUGACCAUCUAUCGUUAUGUUGAUUUCUCGUGGAAGAUCAAAAGGUUCUUAAACAUUGGAUCAGAAGCACUGCUAAGGAAGAAUAUCAAAGUGAUAGAUCAAUUUGUUUGUAACUUAAUCAAAAUAAAGAUUGAAACAGAUAAUUCAUCAGAAGAUGAGCUACUGGCAGUAAAGAAACAAGACAUCAUUUCAAGGCUUUUGGAAUCUCAAGAGACCGAUCCAAACAUCCUCAUAUACAAGAAAAGGUUGCACAAGAAGUUAGAGAGGCAACAAAUCUGGAAGAUAGUUCAUGCAUUGAUUGAUGAGGUUGCUGCCAGCCUUACUGAAGAAGCUCUUGAAAAAAUGCAGUAUCUACAUGCAGCUUUGUCUGAGACACUCAGGCUCUACCCUGCAGUUCCACUGAACGCGAAAGUUUGUUUAGCUGAUGAUACCUGGCCAGAUGGAUUUAGUGUCAAAAAAGGCAAUUUUGUGGGAUACCAUGUUUACGGAAUGGGCAGGAUGAAAUAUCUGUGGGGUGAUGAUGCAAAAGAAUUUCGGCCAGAGAGAUGGCUCAACGAAAAUGGUCUUUUCCAGCAAGAAAGCCCUUUCAAAUUCACAGCUUUUAAUCUGUAUGGGAAGGCUAUUGAUACAACAAAGUGGUUCUUAUCACCAUCCCCACUAUCCCCACUUAGGGUGGUCAUGGAUUUUUCUUUCCACUCUCAUGGCAACAAGUGUAGCACUGGUAAAUUUAGCUAUAGUUACAGUCAGUUGGGUACCGAGAAGAAAAAGAGAUACCAUCCUGUUGUCACAACCUGCUUACACACCCUCGUCAACUUCUCCAGACUGCACGAUUAA